AUGUACCACAGCUACCUGGAGCAACUCUUGAAGGAUAGCGAAGAGUUGCAUGACCGAAAGCGUCGUUUGAAAGAGACACUCCCGAAUAGAUCCGAGCAAAUCUCAGACUUUCGGCAAAGUCCCGAUACAAUCGAGGGGAAUGCUGGCUCGAUGGCACAAACUGACCUCAUCGGGGACAAGCCAUGGUUCCAAUCACACGAUGCCUCAUUGCUUCCUCUGUACAUCAGUGAAGCGACUUGCACCGCCUUUGCCACUCGUCUAUGCCAAUCCUUGAAGAGAACGAAUACGCCAACAUUGCAUCUUCCAAGGUCGCGUUAUACUGACGAGCCUACAAUUACAUCUCUCCUUCAUGCGGACAUACAAUGGCCCAGCCUUGUGUGUGCCCAGCUUUUGGUCAAAACCGCACUUGGUCACAACAUGUCCACUUUCCAUUUUGUUCUGAAAAAGGACACCAUGGAUAUGCUCCAUAGCGUUUAUCAGAGCCAAGACUUUGAGAAUCCAAGUAUCAAGUGCAAGUUUUUUGCUCUCUUUGCACUUGGGCAAGUUUAUUCGACUCCUUAUGGGUCCUCUGAUGCGCCAUAUGUACCGGGAUCGGAUUAUUUUGCGAAGGCAUUGAGUCUCAUCCAGGUCAUUCCCGAAAGACCAAAUAUGGUUCAUAUAGAGAGCCUGCUCUUGCUUGCAUUCUUCUGCCAAUUCUUGAAUCGCUUUCAUUCAGCGUAUCUCUUCAUCGGAAAUGCAUUGCGACUAGCGCUCAGCAUGGGCUUGAACUAUAACGUCCCACAAAGUCAAAAUCUACAUCCAGUGGCGCGAGAGCACCGAAUUCGAAUUUGGUGGUCUAUUUAUACACUUGAUCGCUUCUGGGGCUUGAAAUCUGGGUUCCCUGUUCAAAUUCACGAUAAGUGGAUUCAUGUUGAUCUUCCCUCCGGUUUGGCCUCUGAAACAUAUCCAGACCAAUUCGCUGACAGUGCAUUCGCAAUGUCAACCAUUGAACUUGCCAAGAUUACCGGCAACACGACAGGAGAUAUCUACUGCCAAAAGCAAUCUGUUGAGAGUUUCUUACAUUGUGAACAGAAAGUUCUGACUCAGUUGAAACAAUUCGUCCAAUCCCUACCUGAGCAGAUGAGGCUUCAUUCAGAUAAGCCAAACUCCAAAGAUGCGAUUCAUCUGCAUCUUCAAUUCAAUUUUUGCGUGAUCUUGGCCAUUAGACCAGUCCUCUUGCACAUUUUGAAGUUGACCAAGAAAGGCCACUCCCACCAGUCCACCGAUACAAUUUCACCAGUUCUGGUCACAUUGAGUGAGGCAUGCAUACACUCAGCAAGGCACUCUUUCGCCUUAUGUGUGGAUGAGUGGACGAGAGGAUCCUUUGCAAUAUACGGCUAUGCUUUCCCAGCAUAUCUCUUUUCAGCCGCACUCGUCUUGGUUGUCUCGAGUCUUUUGCCCCUUGGGAAUCCAGGCGAUCUGGCAUCUACCGAAACUGCCUUAGAGAUACUAAAGAAUCUCAGCUUGACUGGCAAUCUUGCGUCAAGAGACCUUUAUGAUCACCUUACGCGGGUGCGGCAGUGUCUUGAUGACAAUUCUGUUUCUCCUGCACUGGCGCUUGAUAAUUCUGAAAAUAAUCCCGUCAAUGCAUUACCGAUGGAUGAAGGAUUGCUUCCAAUGCCCCCACGACCAAACCGAUGCUCCGGCUAUCCUCAUGUUUCCUCGGGGUUAGAGGACUUGAAUUCUCAACUCUUUGAAUCCAACGUACCCUAUCUAACUACAGAAAUGGCUCUUCACCAGCCCACUAUGCUAAAUUUUCUGACGCGACCUCAUGUGGACUUUGGACUUCUGGAUCCGGUGGAGAUGUUCAACGAUUUCGAUUUAGCCUUUUCAAGUUCUUCCAGUUGA